GGUGAUGGAAUGAUUAACUGAAGAGCUAUGCAGCUGUCAAUUUUGUUCCUGCUGUUCCUUAUUUUCAUUUUAAAGAAUGUUGGAUCCUCCAGUUGUCCAGAAUCUUUGACAACAGUAGAUCAAGUGGACGGUUGUCCAAGGAAUAAAGAGGAAUGGGAAUACAACGCAAUGAAGAAAAAUUGUUCAAGUGUGUCACAGAAUUGCGUAAAUUCAUCAGAGUUUUUAUACCACUGCGUUAUAAACGAGUUCGUAAAUAUGACAAUUGAAGUUUGUGCGCCAAAAGUUACUAUAUUAGGUCGAAACUGUGCGGAAUUUAAUAUGCAUGGAGCAGUUAUUCAGGAUACCGUUCAAGGCGUUAAUGCUACAUGUAAAGACCAAAAUCCACCUUGUCCUUUUCGAUACAACUCAACCGAUUCAUAUAAAUAUCAAAGAUGCUAUAGUUAUAUCAAAAGGGAAGAUCAAACUAUCCCCUGUAACAAAACUGUCACAGUGAAAAACAUAAGAUCUGACAAAAAGGCAUGGCUAACAGUUUCAAUAGUAUUCAUUACGUUUACUGUGUGUCUUAUGUGUGUACUUGGAGCUUUGCUGAUACAGAGAUAUAGAAAGCGUCUCUCUAACAGAAAUGAAGAUGAUGAAGAAGCCAUGCCACUUAUACAACCUACAGUUUCAAUCACCAAGAGAGAAAACCUAAAUUGGGUGUCCUCAAUUUAUAUUGGUGACAAAUAUUGUUGCAUGGCGUAUUUGAAUCCACAUUCUCCAGAAGAUAUAGUAAGCGUCGGGAAAGUAGAAAGAAUUGGUGUACUUAUAACAGAUCUAGUCAGUGGUGAAAUAGUAGAGUUUGGAGAUGAUGCCCGUGAAAUAUAUAUUGAAAAUAGAGAUGGAUACCAGGAUUAUAUUUUCCUAGAUGAGCUGAAUGUGAAGAAAGAAAAUGUAUCCGAACAGCAUCCAUUAAAAACAAGUCAGAUCUAUAAGCAACUCAUCAAUUAUCUCAUUCGCAAGAUUUGGAAGGAAAUGUCCGAUGCAAAUCCAAAAGAGGAAUCGUUAUGUAAAUCAUGUGACGUUAAUUAUGUGAUCACAGUUCCCCAUCAUUGGAAAGAUGAAAUCAAAAUGCUUAGGAAGGCUUUUGAAGAAGUUAUGGUAGAUUUCCAUCAUACAAUACAGAAAGAUAAAUUGCACAUUAAGUUAAGAGAAGUGGCCAUUUCCCCAUACAUUCAUGAGGUGAAUGACCCAGUAACCUGCUUGAAUUUAAAUGUUGACAACAUGACUUUAAGAAAAAAUAAAACAUAAUUAUGUCAAUCUGCAUGUUGGAUCAAAGUAUUGCAACUUGAUAUUCCUACGAACUAUGGAUUCGAAAAGACCAGACAAGAUUUCAAGUACGCCAUGCAUAGAAAAAUGGGAAACAACUCCGGAGACCAAAUUUGUUACAUUGUUCGAAAAUUUAUUUACAACAAGCGUUUUUACAAAAUGGAGAGAUACUUGUCACAGAGAAUACAUAUUCUUACUGCAUUUGUUCGAAAAACAGAAAUAUAAAUUGCACGAGGACAUAGAUGAAAAAGAAGUAUGCGAAGUCAACUUCUCCUCAUCAUUAAUUGAUUUAUUUAAAGCAGAAGGACAUAACAUGACUGAUCUUGAAGAUAGCGCUAGAAAAAUAGGAAUGGAAUUAAAAGAUAAUGGACAUACUUUCAUUUUAUCAUGGUCGUUAUUGAAAACGUGUUUUUCAGAUGUCCUGAAUAAAACGCAUGAUAUCAUUCGGCAACAGGAACAGAAAUUCAAGGAUGAAAAAGUACGUUUUGUUUUAAUGACUGGCAGCUAUUCUCAGAUGAAACUUUUUCAGCAUGACGCAGAGAAAAAAUGGUUUCAAGGACUAAAUGUAACGGUAGCAAUACCAGUUCAUGCCGGUUCAACAUUUGCGAUGGGUGCUGCAUAUUUUUUCAAAAAAUUUCCAGAUUGGACAUCGUAUGACCUUUUCAAUGCGUGACAAAGAAUAUAUGUGCAGCAAGUAUCCGUUUUGCAUUACCAGUUGCAGAAAAUAUGUUAAAAAUGGUUGAUGUCUUUCGUGUGUUUGUAAAGGUUAAAUCAAAAUAUUUGCUUGCCUUGACUUAAUGAAAUAAAAAGAGUGACACAUUGUAUUUGAUUAGCAUUAUUCUCUAACAUUCCAUUUUAUGCCAUUGUGGAUCCUAUUUUUUCUUCUGUAUUUAUGAGAUAGAAGCAUAAACUCUGAAAUGCAAGGGA